AUGCUUGUCCCUUUCAGCUUGUUGGCCCAUUGUGCUCGUCGACUCAGUUCCGUUGAAACAUCUGUUUCCUUCUUCCCUGUUCUUGUGUGCUCAAACAUCAUCACCACCCCUAAAGCCAACAACCCCCCAAGACAGAAACGUACAAAGCAAGGACAACACAUCAUCAUCAGAAAGGAAGGACACUUGAGGAAAUUUUUCAAGAAAGGAGAGGAGAGGAAGGAGAAGAAGAAGAAGAAGAAGAAGAAGAAGAAGAAGAAGAAGAAUAAAAGACAAGCAAAGAUGGAAGAGGACGCAGCUUCGACCUCUUCCCUCGACUCCACCCCCUCACUGUCCGCCCCUCCUCCUCCAAGCGAGGAGACGCUCAAGAUCCUCCGGCCAUAUUUCGCCAACGGGCCCAAGUCACUCUCGGGCAUCGCCUUGCGAGCAUUCUGUCUCGGGUCCGUAUUUUCGGCCAGCGUGGUACUCUGCAUCGCAGCGCUCUUCUUCCUCCCCCCGUCUCCAGCCUCGUCGUCAUCACCUUCUUCUUCCGACGAUGACGGCGACGCAGUCGUGGUCCGCCCGUGGCGAGCACCCUUCUUCCUGGCCGCGCUGUCAACCUUCCACUUCCUCGAGUUCUGGACGACGGCUCACCGCAACACCCUGGUGGCCAGCAUAGACAGCUUCCUCCUGACGGCCAACUGGCCGGCCUACGCCGUCGCCCACGCAUCCGCCCUGGCCGAGUGCGUCGUCGUCGACCUCGCCUUCCCCGGUUUCCGGUCCACGUUCUGGGGCGGGGCAUCCCCGACCCUCGUGGGGCUGGGACUGGUCAUGGUGGUUGGCGGGCAGGCCGUCCGGUCCGCCGCCAUGCUGCAGGCCGGCGCCAGCUUCAACCACCAGGUCCAGACGAGGAAGUCGCACUCGCACCGCCUGGUCACGGACGGCGUGUACGGAUACCUGAGGCACCCCUCGUACUUUGGGUUCUUCUACUGGGGGCUAGGCACGCAGCUCAUGCUGGGAAACGCCGUGUGCUUCGCCGCCUAUGCCGCCGUACUCUGGCUCUUCUUCAACGACAGGGUCCGCACCGAGGAGAGGAGGCUCGUCGAGUUCUUCGGCAGGGACUAUAUCGCUUAUCGGGACAGGGUGGGCACCAUGAUUCCGUUUGUGGGUUGA